AUGGGUCAGAAUCUCUACAACUCAAGCACAACACCGGUGGCCUACGAUCGAGCCCUUAAAAAUAACGUAACAAUCAUUACCGUAGCGUUUGGAUAUCCUCACAAAGUUCACUUACCGGAGCUACAAAGCAUUUCAAGUGAUCCCACUUUUGCCUUUAAUAUCCAAGUGAUUACGCCACAUAUCCUACUAGGAAAGUUGAUGAGUAUUAUAUGUAGAGAAAUGUUCGCUGCAAAUCAAGCCAUCGACUAUUACGACUGUGAGGACAACUAUCCGUGCACGUUAGAAAACUGGAGGAAGAAUCCAACAGGAACAUUCGCACACAAACAACACAACAAAUUUGUGAAAUGCAGUGGCUUAACACAAUGCCGAGUCGACGAGUGCCAACAGAGUUCAUCGUGGAACAACGACACUAAAGUAUGCGAAUCGUGA